CAACUUGGUCAGUGCAUACUAACAAUUUUUUUGAGAUGAUUUAAAACAAUAGUGAAAGUAGAAGGGGAAUAUCGAUUAGUAGAUUGCUGGCUGGCGUCGCUCUUUCAUCCUCAUAACAGUAGCCAAAUACAGACACAUUGGUUUUUAACGAAGCCGUCCGACAUGAUACUGACACACUAUCCAAGGGAUUACCAUGAGCAGUUUCUUAGUGCGCACAUAACUCUUCCAGACUUCCUUCAGCUGCCGUAUGUUAGGCCCAGCUUUUUCAAAUACUCUGUACGCAUUGUCAAUUUCUACAACAAGGAUGGCAGAGAGAAAAGCCAUUCGGGCAAUCUUUUGUUCCUGCGUCUAAAGUCAUCAGAGCCAGAUGCUCACUGCUAUACAGAACUUGAAUUUGAUAAUGGGAAAAGAUAUUCUCGCUGCCUAACUCAACGCUCGACAGCAACUGGGCAGCAAGAGAAUAUAUAUGAUGUUAAAGCCGUUCUACCAGCACAUCAAGAAAAAGGCUGGCUGAAGGUCUACUUCGCGUCAACAGCAGAUAUAAUGACUGAAGAAAAUAAGCCUUUUCAAAAAUGGCGGUACGCUUUAACCAUGUGUAUACCUGUUUAUCAACAGCAACAGCAGGAUAUUAAUUCUUCCGCACAAGCAGACCAAACAAUAUCAUCAUCAUUUGAAUUUGUUCAACUCUACCACCUUCCUUUAAAGCAUUUAAGCCAGGAAUAUUAUAUUCAGCAGCCUCAAUGUUACUACUUGUACCCACUCCAGACUUACCAGUUCAGUAUAAAGUGCAAUCACAGUACAAUUAGGCAUACUACUAUUCAUCCCUCUCACCACAAGUUAGCGUUGAAAAGCCCGACUGGAAAACUGCGUAAACUGAUGUACUAUCCUCAAGACCAAACUUACGAUGGAAACAUAACCAUAUCAGAAACUGGUAAAUGGACACUUGUUUGUUUCAUAUCAGCUAAUCAUCAUGAUUGCAGUAAUGGCACUUCGUAUGUGGUAGCGCAGUGGUCCUGUAAUACCAUCUAAAGAAUAUUGAAUAAAGUAUUCGUACUUUGGACUUGCAAAUCAGUUAAUAUGCCUCAAGAUAAAGUAAAUCUUUGGCUACUUUCAAAUCUCCUUGUUGUAGCUUCUUUGAUUUAGUCGAAUUCUUCAGUAUAAUACACCAUCGAAAAAAAUCUUGUCAGUAUAAUAUGAGCACAUUAACGGUCUGGUUGCUGUUAUAAGUCACUGACACCUUAAAGAUUCAUCUUGGAUCUCUAACCGAUUCUAUGAGAAAGAGGAUUUUGCAUUAUGCUCCUGAAACCCAUGGAAGAAAGAUUAGGUGCUUAAUAAUAGCUCAUUCUUAACCAUCAACUAUGACCAUUCUUCGAUAAUUAAGUAACCCUAUACAGACUUCUCAGUUCAAACAGA